GCUGGAAUGACCCGGGAGAGCGUGAGACACAAGGAGCUGCGCUAGAGGGGGCUGCCAGCCGGGAGGACUCUCUGAUCCUUGAUCCAUCCUCUUCUCCAUGCUGACAGAUACAAGGCAGACCUCUGAUUUGCCCCACAGAUGCAUGCCCAUAUAGGAGGGCAUGGCUGUGUAGACCAAGGGUCUUCAUAAAGCACAGCCACAGAGAGGACUACCACAGAGACACGCAGGGACACAUACCACCGACCAGACACGUGUGUGUUUGUGUGUGAGUGUUUGUGGGAGACCCGCUUAAAAAAGGAACCUCCUGUCCACCAGUCAGCAUUCAGAGAUCGUGAAUGAUAGGGAAACAGAGAGCGGCCUUUGCAGUGCGACCCAAUCCCAUGCUGCUCCCUCCUCUCAGGGGAUGGCCAAGGUCCAGGAUGGACACACGAACGCAUGUGACAGCUCUGCAAUGUUAGAGGAGAGCCAAGAUGGUAUGGACAGUGGUACCCUAAGUCCUGCCUCCACUCGACAGGUUACUAUCCAGCGCCACCCGACUCAAGGCUUCGGCUUCAUUGCAGGCAGCCAGAGGCCUGUCAUUGUACGCUCCGUCUCGGCUGACGGCCCCUCUUUUGGCAAGCUUCUCCCUGGAGACCAGAUCUUGGCCAUUAACGAGGAGACGGUGAGCGACGCGCCCCGAGAGAGAGUCAUAGACCUUGUAAGACGCUGCAAAGACACAAUAGUUCUCACUGUGCUGCAGCCCCAUCAGUCACCUAAGUCUGCCUUCAUAAGUGCAGCCAAAAAGGCCCGCCUGCGAACCAACCCGCCAAAAGUGCGCUUUUCAGAGCAAGUGUCCAUCAGCGACCCAGACUCAACAAUGCUCAAGGACGACUCCUUGCUACUCAUACCAAAUGUGUUGAAGGUGUUCUUGGAGAAUGGACAGAUUAAGUCAUUUACAUUUGAUAGCCGUACCACUGUUAGGGAUGUGAUCUCCUCCCUGCAGGACCGCCUCUCACUGCGCUACAUUGAGCACUUUGUCUUGGUGUUGGAAGCAGGUGGUCUGGACCAGAAUCAGAGGUUGCACCUGCUGCAGGACAACCAGCCCCUGACACAUGUGGUGCAUCGAACCUAUUUCCAAGGGAUGAAGUGUCUGUUCCGCAUCUGCUUCUUCCCCAAGGACCCUGCAGACCUGCUGAGAAGGGACCCCGCUGCAUUUGAGUACCUCUAUAUACAGAGUCGCAAUGACGUCAUCAAGGAGCGCUUCGGCAUGGACUGGAAAUCUGACAUCAUGUUACGACUGGCUGCGCUUCAUAUCUACAUCACUGUGUCCUCCGCGCGGCCCAAUCAGAAGAUCUCUCUCAAGCAUGUCGAAAAAGAGUGGGGACUAGAGCCUUUUCUUCCCCUUACUUUGCUUCCAACAGUCAAGGAGAAGAAUGUGUGCAAGAGCCUGUCUCAGUUGCUGAAGACAUACCAGCAUCCACCACCAUCGGGCAACAAGGUCCCUCCUCUCCAAGGAAAGCUGCAGUACAUGCGUGUACUCAACGACCUCCCGCCUUUUGGUGGAAUACUUUUCCACACUGUUGGACUGGUAAUACAUGAUGAGAAACAAUCUGCUACAACUCUACUGGUGGGUCCUCGACAUGGCAUUAGUCAUGUGAUUGACCUAAAAAACAACCUCACAACAGUUCUGGCCGAGUUCAGUAGGGUUGCCAAGAUCCAGCUCUACCGAGAGAGCCUGGGAGUGGCUCGUGUGGAGGUGACAAUCCAUGAGGCCAAGCCCCUGGUCCUACUCAUGGAAUGGCCUGAUGCCAGUAACUUUGCAUGCCUCAUCUCUGGCUACUACAAGCUGUUUGUAGACCCUAAACGGACCAUCUACUUCCGGACCCCUGGUCAGUCCCAGCUGACCAAGGCAGAUUACAGAAGCUCCCACCAUGCUCAUCCACGUUCUGGGGCAACCAGCUUGCCAAGUGGAGGGCGGCGAGGGGACGAGAGGGAAAGCUCACACAGGGAGUCAGGGUCUUCAAGGGCCAUAGUUCCAGCAGAGCCUCAGCAUCUGGGCCUGUGUCAUGUCCACCUUCGAGAACAACAACAAUUUCAAGAGCUCCAAACAGCCGAAGCUGAAUUAGACAUCAAUGAAAACUUUAUUUCCCAUGAGCCCCCUGGGCGGCCCCGCACUAAGUCAGACCCCACCCAGCAGAGUACAGAAGAAAUAGCUGGGGUUUUAGAGAACCCAGCAGUGGAGAAUGCAGGAUUCAGAAUCCGAGCCCAAACAAUGGGUCAAUCCCAGAAAACCUCACGCUACCUCUGUGACUCCUGCAAAGCCAGACAUAGGGCAGAGGGUACGUCAACAGCAGCGAACAGUAGUGGGAGCUCGGGGAAACACUGUUCUAGUGCUUGUGCCUCCCGAGAUGGAGGUGCUGUUGACCUAAUGGCCCUACCGCCCCCAGGGAAUGAAGAGGAGGACGAGGCCGAUGGUGGGGGAGAGAAACUGCAACCACAACCACCUGCUAUUGCUGCCCCACCACCUGGCUUUAGGGACAACAGUUCAGAUGAGGAUGACCAAAAGAGAGGGAGGAAGGCUCGAACCUGUGCCAGUGCAGGGGUAGCCUCUGGGAAGCUGGCCCAAGCCAAGGAAGAUGUGCCUGUGACACUAAUUGAUAAUGUGGCCACAAGAACAGUCCGAGAUCAUGCCCAGGAGCUAGAUGAUGCUCUGGUUUCCACCUUACAGGCAUUAGAGGCUCUGGCAGCCUCUGAGGACUACCCCCAUCACCCUCAACAGCCAACCCAGACUGCAGGGCUGAUUGUCUUAGCUGCCAUUACACCUGAGUCAUCAUUGGACUCAGGCCACGAGACCAACUCCUCUGAAUUGACAGAUGUUUCUGAGAUGGUGUCGGCUAUGAAGCAGAACCAGAACCAGGCCUACCUGCUGGCUCACCAUAUCAACAAAGAACGUAUCCUCUGCCGCCGGGACUUUCCUUUGGCUAUCCCUGGCUGCACUGCAAAGACCAUAGGGACUGGGGCCUUCUCUGUGGGUCAGAUUCGUGCUGGCUGUCCACCCAAGCAAGUAAUCCUCAGCAAGACGGUUCCCUUUAAAGUCAGUCCCAGUCAAGACUCUGCAAUACUCAGUGUUGUGACAGAGCAGGGGACUCAAGAGACUCAGACUGAACAGAAAGAAGAAAUUAAAGCAAACUCUGAGUCCACCAAAGCAAAUAUCCCUGAUCCCCCUUCUAAGUCACCUGAAGAACUUAAAGUGUCUGUUGCUUCACCGACAGCUCAAGUCAGUAAAGUACCGAAGUUAUCAAAUUCUUCUGAAGAGACACUGAGCCAAACUCUUUCUGAGGGUAUAAAGGAAAAGACAACAGCACCUCUUAAUACAGACCCUAGCAACAAAGCCUUACCUAUCCUCCUACCUGUGGACAGAAUUGCCUCUGCCAAGAUUUCUCCCACUAAAAUGUGCCACGAUGCCAAGACUGCCUCUAGUGAGACCAUGAAGCCUUCAAGCUCCACAGAACUUCUGCCAGUUGACGACCUUUUCUGCACAUGCCCAGUUCAAAAGGAGCCUGGGCCUCAACUAAGACUAAAAGAUCCACAGAUUCAGAAGAUAGUGGUGUUUCAAUCCUCCACCCCCACAGAUGAUGAGCGUCUUCGGGCCAAAGGCCUCCAGCUUGCUAACAGCAAAGAAAACGCAGUACGAGUAGGAGCAGAUCCUAAUUUGGCAAAACCCAGCCCUCAAAUACAAACCAAGUACUCUCCUCGUUUGCCUGUAAAAGCAGAGAGAAAAGAGGCAGCUGAAAGCAAGACUGAGGGUGCCCAGGGAAAAUCCCACCCUGAGUCACAGAAAUGUCCUAUAAAAUCCUUACCUAUUUUAGAUGAUCUAACAACACCUAACCCCUCUGUAGAUAAGGUUUCCACUCUCCCAGCCAGAGACUCAAAGAAGCAAGGCAGUGGUAAGGGGAAGUCCCAGCGCAGUGUCCCUUUCCUGAGCUUUAGAAACCUCCUUUCAGCUACGUUCCCAGCAAGAAUGCGAAGAGAAACAGAUGAGCGAAGGGCUCAGUUGCAGAAAGUCCGCCAGUAUGAGCUAGAGUUCUUAGAGGAGCUGCUGAAACCCAAGUCAGCCCAGGGAGAAUUUUUACCCCAGGGAUCCUCACCUGUGCCCUCAGGCACUCCUUGUGCCUGCCAGCUUCGCACCAGCCCUGUCCUAAAGGCUCCAGGCAUCUCCAGGGAGCAGCGACGCAGCUGUGACUGUAAGCGAAUGUGUAGGGGCAUGCGACUACCUGACACACCAGUUGGAUCCACAACAGAGACACAAAACCGAGGCAGAGAGAAACCUAUCUCGAAAACCCCUCCAGCAGUCUCCAAAGCACCUCACACACAAGAUGCUUCAAGGAGACCUCAGACCUUAGAGAUCAAGACCACACGAAUACGCUCUACCAGCCUGGAGUCAAGAGAACCAAGGGGUGAGCAGGGUUCCUGCUUGCCCACCUGCACUUCUCAAACAGAUUGUACAGGAGAGCCGCAAUAUAAGAAGCUCCAGAGGCGAUACAGCAUUGGAGAGCUGGAUAAUAGCACUAGCACACCUGUGUAUGCUGAGGUAAGGCCUAAAGCCAAGAGUCUAGAGAAAGAGAUGGAAAGAGUGAGGGCCACAGGGUUGAGGCUCCCCACCCCAGUAGAGCCAGUUCACACUCAGUCUCACCAGGCAGAGGGAAAGGGGAAAAAGGGUGUAUUUUUCAUUCAGGGAGAAGAGCUACUGCGUGAAAGUAAAGAAGGGACUAGCGAGGUGCUGCUGACCUUGCCCAGUGAAGACAGUGAUGACAAGGAUAAAUGCUGCUCAUUCUGUUUCUGCUACAGGAAGUGUGAGGCAGCAGAUGAAAGCAGUGAGAAGGAUGAGCUUUCAUACUCCAUACCCCUUCAGGUCCUUCCAGGCAUGGAGCUGGACUCGCGUACCUUUCCUGUAGUAAGCAAAACACUCCAGGUUCUUAAUGCAGAGGACUGCAGUGGGGAGGAAGAAGAGGGGGAGGAGGAAGAGGAGGAGCCACAGACACAGGAGAUUGACCUAAGAGCCUGUGGUACACUGGAGGGGAGCCUAGCACGGGUACAGGCUUUACAGGGCAAAAGUUUUAGCUUGCCCGAUGGUUUCCUAAAUGCCCAGUUGGAUGCUAAUGAGUUGCUAGCUAUUCUGCGUCAGUGUGCUAACAGCCCACAAGCUGAGGGCGAGGCUCGUCUUCAGCCCUCACAGAUUUCAGAGUACAAACAGGAGCUGGCGGUGCGCUUCAAAGAAUUCAGAGCAGCUUGUCGACGAGUGGCAAGUGUUGAAAAAAGCCCAACACGUAUGCUGGCUGUUGUCACAGCCAGCUUUCAAGUGUUGUGUGAACUAACUCAGACCUUCAUCAAAUUGGUCAGAGGGGUUCGUUCAGAAACCCAAAGGCUGCAGCUGUUGAGAAAAGUUGAGGAAGUAGCUAUCAACUACACUUUGCUUCUGCGCGCAGCAGAAGAAUCAAUGGGACACUCAAGCAGCUUGCCGACAAAGACAGUGAGCCCUCAAGUUUCCUCCAACACCAAUAACAUGAGCUCACUCACUCGACCCAUCAAAACUCUGCCUGCCCAGUAAGGAUACAUCUGGCAGGAAUGUAAUAAAAACAGUCCAGAAUGUGGGUGGCAACUCCAUCCAAAUUCAUUAUUCGUUUAUUGUUUACAUUUUUUACAAGACAUGCAAUGACUCAUCCUCAGUAAAAAUUGCAAUGCAGCUGUUCCAUCCCAUGUUUACAGGCCCUGAGGUAGCCUUGUGGAUCUUGUUUUGAAAUACAAAGAUACACCAAACUAAUGCACAAUGGAAUAAGAACCCUAUAACAGACUGGGUGAUACAGGGCUAAUCACCUCAUAUCAAUAUUCACAAUACACAUUGUCAUUAUAGUAUAAUAUUUUAUAUGUAAUAUAUAUUUGGGUUGUGUAUACUAGCAAAUAAUAUAAUGUUUUGUGAAGAAAAAAAGUGAAGAAUAUAUUUGAAAUGUAUUGAGUUAAGAGAUCUAUAAAAAUUAUAAUAAAUCAUCAGAAAUAAAUGUAUGCUCUGGACAAAAAUACUUCUACUAAAUACUACUAAAGAUCUCGUCAAGUAGCGACUUCUGUAAAUUACGUAGUCCAAAGCGUUGGUUAGAUGGUGAUGUGUUCGUUUGUUGAAUUUUCUAACUGUUGUAAUGCAAAAUGGAGAUCUCUGUUGGCUAUGUUGACAAUGCCUGGUGUAGUGAUACAAGAGUCAAAAUGUAAGUGACAGUGUUGGAAAAUGAAAACCGCUGAAAGACGAGUAUGACGUUUUAAACUAUAUUGACUGACAGAGGCCCAUUCUCUCACUAUAACAGGCAGACCAUGUAGCAGAGACCCAAGUCAGUCUUAACCACUAUACAGUAAUGAGUAUCGUUACCUCACUCAGCUGAAGAGAAGGAAUACCCACACUGUACUUUAAAACACAGAGAGUGUAUUUUACACCAUCACUGAUCCAUGGCUCACUUGCACCUCACUUGUCAUGUUAAAUAUUGCCAUCCACUUGCAAGUGAGUAAGCUUAUCACUAGAAUUUUGCACAACCUCUGAAAUUAGCUCUGAAGUUAAAAUGUAUCUUUUAAUGUUUCACUUUUAAUUAAGUGUUUUUUAUUCACUCUGCUGCUGAAAACCUCACUUGAGUCCACACCACCAGUUUUACAUAAGUCAUCACCUCAAAGCUAAAGCUUACCUGUUUCGAAGGAUCCUUUGUUUUUAUUCAGAUUUUCAGAUACAGUAUAAACAAAUUUGCUUUCUAUGUGCUGUUAUACAUUGUGCAAUCUAGCAAAUAUAUAAGAAACACACAAAGUAGUUUUCUAUGUAUUUUAAUAAAACUAAAACAUCUGU